AUGGCUUCUGAAUCUGAGGCGGCCUCGGCUGUAGCCAUUCCGGCAGCUUCCAACGAUGCCAACGACUGCAACAACGCCCAUAUAUACGCUACUGGUAACGGAAAUAUCGAUGCGUACAGCGGCAACGAACAAAAGCAUAUGUCCGAGAAUGGCCAGAUCCUAGACAAAACCGCCGACCUGAACAUUUCUUAUAAUGCCGACAACGAUGACCAUGAUGCUGAGUAUGAGAGCUCGCUGAGCUCUCCUACGUCCUCCCUGUCGUCCGCAAACGAGGCUAUGCUGGAGACGACACCCCCCCCGCAAGACAGCACGCAGGAUUCCCCGAGUAGCCUGCCGGCUUCCACCACCGCCCCCGACGAAGCAUCCAUGGCCCUCGACUACGCUAGCGCUGCUGGUGCCAAUGCCACACUGUCCUCCAACUCCAAUGCUUCGGUGGUUCCGCUUGCGUCCAGCGAGCCGUCUGCUGCGACAGAAGCCGAUGCUGGCACCGGCGUUCCUGCUGCCUCUGGCUCCGAAGCUGUCGAUACGGCGAUGCCACUGGCGGCCGACGCAUCUAGUUUUGCCGCCGCAAUCGCAGCCAUUUCUGCAGUGGCCAGGUCUCCAUCCGUCUCCCAGUCCCAGCCCCAGACCCAGGUUGAUGCUGAUGCUGCAAGAGAUGCAAGUGAAUCUCUUGCAAAGGCCGAAGCAGAAAUCCAGGCUGAGGUCGAAUCCAACGAGCCGGGCAUUGAUAUCGACAAGAUGCUGGACGCCAUCUCAGCCGAUGCACCGCUGCCAGCAGCGUCGUCCUCUGCUGCUUUUCGCCCGUCGCCGUCCAACCCGCAGUCCGGCCAGGCGAUGGCGUCUGGCGGAUUUCCCUCUGCCGCAGCCCUGCCCACUGACAAAGUGCAGCCCUUUCCCUAUGCCGCUGUCGGUGCUCCCGGGACGGUUGGCGGCAUGGCCGUCCUUGGCGCCCCCCCAUCUUCUGUAGCUGGUAUAGGCGGUGCAGGAUCUCAGGUCCCCGAUGCUGCUACGGCUUCGGUCCAGACUCAGCUGCCUGCUCCCCCGCGGCGUGGAAACAUUGCCAAGGGAGGCAAGACAGCAGUAGAUAAGGCUUAUGAGGAAUUUCUUCUGGAGGAGCGACGCUACAUGGCAGAUCCGAACUGGGAGAAGUUUCCCGAUGGUUCGCGCAUGUUUAUUGGAAACUUGUCUCAAGAGAGAGUCAGCAAGAGGGACGUGUUUGAGGCAUUUCACCGUUUUGGCCGUCUUGCGCAAAUCUCGAUCAAAUCUGCGUAUGGUUUUGUGCAGUACCACAAGGCUUCAGAAGCCCAAGAUGCGAUGAAGAAUCUUCAAGGGUUCGAGAUCCGAGGUCGCAAAAUCAACUUGGAACUCUCUCGUCCUCAGAAGAAAGAAAAGGAGCGGGAACGAUCACCAGAACGCAGCAAGGGCAGAGGCGGCCGAGGUGGAGAUCGAUACGAUGGCCGAGAGCACGGCCGAGAGCACGGCCGGCGUCGAGGCAGAGAUGACUACCGACCAGACGCGAAGGACCGGGAGGCUUCUCCUCGCCGUGACCGGGGUGGCGAUCGCGACAGGGACGAGCAUCACGGCAGGGAGCGAGGAGGGCGUGACGGUCAGGGCAGACAGGGCAGAGACCGCUCCCGGUCCCCAAACCGUCCCGGGGCCGGCAGCAACAGCCGGUCGUAUCGGUCGCGACGGUCGCCAAGUCCCUAUGGACGGAGUCGGGGCGAACACGGUGGCAGCGGUAGCAACUUUGACGGACUGAAGGGCCGGCACGCAAGCGACGUUCCCGACGUGCAGUUCCUGGUGACGCAGGGUCUGGAACGGGACUUUAUCAAAUGGGUGCAGGGCGCCUUCACGGAGCGUGGACUCAAGACGGACAUCAUGCUGAUGACGCCACACAGCCCGUCCCGCGACGCUGUGAUCCAGACACACGUACUGGAAGGCGUGAUUGCGGUGGUGGACCUCAACAUCAACUCGCAGUCGUCGUUCAAGAUACCGCUGCAGGUUUUUGACCGAUCGGCCGGCACGAGAAACGUACGCUUUGACGGUUACCAGGACCUCACACCGCAGAUUGCUGCAGACGUGGUGGCGCGGUCCAAGGCUGCUUCGGCGGCGGCGGCGGCUGCUGCGGCUGCUGCGGCCAACCAACGCAUCCCGUACCAGGCACCCGGUGGCUACGGACAGCAAUACAUGGGGGCAACUCCGGGAGCGCCAGCAUAUCCGACGAGCUACCAAGCACCUUCAGCAGCGGUAUCACAGCCGGCAGUCAGCACAGGACAGCCGGCGGCUUACGACCUGGCCUCCCUGAUGGGCCAGCUGGAUGGACAGACUCUCUCACAACUGCUGGCCACACUGCAGCCAUCACAGGCAGCGGCAGCGCCUCCCGCUGCUCUGGCUACGCCGGCAUAUGCACAAGGAGCGCAAUACGGGCAAAGCGCAGGGUCGCAGGUGAAUCUAGGGGCACUGCUAAGCACGCUCGGGGCAUCGAAUGGCGGGUCGAUGGCAAGCAUGACUGCCGGGUCUUACGGAGGCUCGGCGCCGUAUGCGGGCGGAGUGGCUGGUGGAGCGCCAAAUUCGUACAUGUCUGGGCCGCAAGGUGGCAGUGACCAGAGCAUCCAGGCGAUCAUGACGCAGUUGGCGCAAUACAAGAAAUAA